UAGUGCGCGCGGAGAUCAACUAAUCAAGAAAAACAGCCGCCUGGUCAAUAAUCAAUAAUCUGAUCGACAUGAAAUACAGUAUCAGAUCAGCACGCGCACAGGACUGCAGGGACAUAGAACGCAUGAUCAUGGAGUUGGCUUUGUAUGAGAAGAUGCCUGACCAGGUGAAGAUCAGCCAUAAAGAGCUGGAGCGGGACGGUUUCGGUCCGAACCCGUUCUACCAGUGCCUGGUGGCGGAGGUUCCUGAGGAGCGCAGCUCAGCAGAAGGUCACACGGUGGUGGGCUAUGUGCUGUACUACUACACCUAUAGCACGUGGAGUGGGAGGUGCAUCUACAUGGAGGACCUGUACGUCAUGCCUCAGUUCAGAGGUGAAGGUAUAGGGAAGGCUCUGAUGGCGUCAGUAGCUAAGGUGUGUAGAGAACAGCAGUGUGUUCGUCUGCAGUUCUCGGUUCUAGACUGGAAUAAACCCUCUCUGGAGUUCUAUCUCUCCAAAGGAGCUCAGGAUCUGACGGAUAAGGAGGGCUGGCAUUUGCUGCGCUUUGAUGGAGAAGCUUUAGAGAGCCUUGCAGAGGAGGCUCCAUAAACACAAACAACAACAUAAGCACCAAUAUAAACACCAGAAUAAACACUACAACAUAAACACAAACACCACUACAAACACGCAAACAACAUAAACACCAGAAUAAACACAAACAC